AUGUCUUUGAUUUGGCUCCUGCUGUACGCAUGCAUCCAUGCUAUUUCUGGCAUGAUCUUUUUCGGAGACAUGGCUGAUCAGGACAGCACCCUCAGUGUGAGCAUCCCUGUGAAACAGCCACUGCGUCCCCUAUUAGGAGAAAGCAUGGUCAUACCUUGCUACUUUCAGGACAACACUGUCCAGGACCCUCGCGCCCCAACUAUUGCCCCACUGUCCCACCAUAUUAAGUGGAGCUACAUCUACAAGGGCAGUAUAUCUCAUAUUCUCAUUGCAAGCGGGGGCCUGGUGCAGGUUGAGACAGACUACAUGGACCGGGUUCAUAUGACAAACUACCCCAUGGUGCCGACUGACGCUACCAUUGAGAUCUCAGAACUCCACUCCAGUGACUCUGGUACCUACCGCUGUGAGGUCAUGAAGGGGAUUGAAGAUAACUAUGAUUCUGUAGAAAUGCAAGUUCAAGGCAUUGUGUUUCAUUACCGAGCAAUAUCUACCCGAUAUACCUUGACAUUUGAGAUGGCAAAGGCAGCCUGCAUCCAGAACAGUGCUGUUAUUGCAACUCCUGCACAGUUGCAAGCUGCCUAUGAUGAUGGAUACCAUCAGUGUGAUGCUGGUUGGCUUUCAGAUCAAACUGUGAGGUAUCCCAUUCAUGAGCCAAGGGAGCUCUGCUACGGAGACAAAGAAAAUUUCCCAGGGGUACGAACAUAUGGAGUAAGAGACAUCAGUGAGACCUAUGACGUGUACUGUUUUGCAGAGAAAAUGUCAGGCAGUGUGUUCUACUCUAUGUCUGUGGAGAAGUUUACCUUUGCAGAGGCUGAAGACCAGUGUGCAAAGUUGGGAGCCCAGUUGGCCACCACAGGGCAACUCUACCUAGCAUGGAAGGCUGGGAUGGAUGUGUGCAAUGCUGGUUGGCUAGCAGACAGGAGUGUGCGGUACCCCAUUAACAUUGCUCGUCCCCAGUGUGGUGGGGGGCUUUUGGGAGUGCGAACAGUUUACCUGUUUCCUAAUCAGACUGGUUAUCCAUACCCAGACUCCCACUAUGAUGCAAUCUGUUAUGUAGAAAAAGAAGAUAAGGUUUUAACAAAGACCUCACCAUUUCCUGAAUUAGACACUACAACGGAUUCCAUGUUCACUGUGGCUACAGUCACCUCAAGCCCUUCAGACUAUACUGAAGAGAUGACCACAGAAAUGGAGGUCCGUGGCCAGCUAGUGACAGAGCUUCUUAACACCACAAGCACGGAAAGUCCUCUACCUCUACCUCCCAACAUAACUGAGGUUGAGGAGGACAUCAUCAAUGUGGCCACAGCUCUGCCUUACCUGGGAUAUGAGAUUCCCAUGGACAAUGUCACUGCAAAAACUAAGGGAGUGAUAUUCCACUAUCCUGCUAACUCCAGACGCUAUGGUUACACCUUUGAGGACAUUAAUUCAAAUUUUGAGGAAAUAGUUCAUGGGGAGAUAUUCCAUGUGAGUUCAUUAGCAGGCUUCACAUAUUAUGAAGCUGUUGACCAUUGCAGAAAACUGGGUUCUACGCUUGCUUCAACUAGAGAACUCUACGCCGCAUGGAAUCAGGGUUUCCACAAGUGCAGUCCCGGCUGGCUCUCUGAUCGCAGUGUCCGCUAUCCUGUCCGCAAACAAGGCUUUGGUUGUGGUGAAAACGAGACAGGAGUGCACACUAUUUAUGCACAACCAAAUCAAACAGGCUUCCCGAACCCAUAUUCCAGAUAUGAUGCAUAUUGCAUCAAAGCCAAUCUGUCUAUACUGCUUGAUGAAGAUAUGUUGAAUGCUACAAGGAUGGGGAUGGAUCUUAACAUGACGGACAUAACAGAGCUGCUUAGACCUGUUCAUCCAAUUGUCACUUGCUGGUUUGAGGACCUGUCUGGAUCUGGAUCAGGAUCAGGCUCAGGCUCAGGCAAUCAUGAUUCCAGUUCCGGUUACAUGUCAGGGAGUGGCAUACCCAGUGGGAGCAUAUCCGGUUCUGGCCAAAGUGGCGAUGAAUCAAGUCACCUUCUGAAGUACCAAGAAGGUGCAGAUCCAAUCAUGUGGCAGACUUCUGCCUCAGGCAGUGCUUUGGAGGUAAGAGAAGGUAGUGGCAGUGGUGUUAUCAUUACUUCAGGAAUAGAAUCAGGAGACCAAAAAUCUGUAGAGGAGUCUGGACACUUUCAUGAACAAAGUGGAGCUAGUGGCCUUCCAUUAGGACUUGGCAGUGGAAUUAGUGGCUUCUUUGGCGUGUCUUUUAUAAACACAGAAAUUAUUGAUCUGACUUCAAUACCUUCUGGAGAACAGGAAUUGUCUGGCAUUUCUCCAUUUGACUUGACUGAUGUUAGUGGUUUCGGCUCUGCUCUUGGAUCUGGCUCUACCUCUGGAUUUGGAUCUGGUACCAUCAUCUUUGGAUCUGGCUCUACUUCUGACUUUGGAUAUGGCUCUGCUUCUGGAGAUUCAGUUUAUCUCAGUCAUCCUUCAGGUGAGGUAUCUGGCCUCAUUCAUAGUCAAGAUGAAAAGAUUUUCAUUCUAACGGACGAUGAGGUCGAGUUGACAUUUAGGCCUACAAUCGGAACAGAACAGGGUCGUGGAUCAGUGGAGAUCAGUGGAGAGGGCAGUAGUCAAGAAAAAGACCUCUCCAUAUCCCUUUCUAAUAGUACUUUAUAUAAAGAUAAUUGGAGUGCCAAUGAAACCAUUGAUCUCAUACCAGAAAGAUAUGAGCAACUUAAUGUCAUCACAGAGGCAUUUGAUGUGACUGAUCAGUCACCACUAAACACAACACCACCCACCACCUCUAUAUUCACUACUUCUUCAGCUUCUCUACAGACACCAAAAGCUAUGGAAGAGCAAUCUGUUACUCAUGCUUCUGCUAAUCCCUGUGAUCCAAACCCCUGUGGUCAAGGUUUAUGCUCUCUACAAGAGGGCAUUGCAGUAUGUCAGUGUCAUUCAGGAUUCAGUGGGGAAAACUGCUCAACACCGGUACAGGGAUGUGCUGAGGGGUGGAUGGAGUUCAUGGGUAGCUGUUAUAUCCAUUUUGAUGAGCGUGAGACCUGGACCAGUGCUGAGCAGCACUGUCAAAAGCUAAACUCUCACUUGGUUAGCAUAUCCUCCCAAGAAGAACAAGAGUUUGUAAAAACUCAAGUUCAUGACUAUCAGUGGAUUGGACUAAAUGACAUCGAUGUGCAAAAUCAGUUUCGCUGGACAGAUGGAAGCCCUUUGGAAUAUGAAAACUGGAGACCCAAUCAGCCAGACAAUAACUUUAGCACCGGAGAAGACUGUGUUGUUAUGAUAUGGCACGAGGAUGGCCGGUGGAAUGAUGUACCCUGCAACUAUCAUCUUCCUUUUACUUGCAAGAGUGGACCUGUCACAUGUUCAUCACCUCCUGAAGUGAAGAAUGCCCGGAUGUUAGGCAACAGCAAAGAUCGCUACCCUGUUAAUUCCAUCAUUCGAUACCAGUGUGACAGUGGAUUCACACAGCGCCACCUUUCAGUGGUGCGUUGCUUACCUGACGGUCAGUGGCAGAAGCCUAAAGUGGAAUGUAUAGAAGGCAAAACAAUUGACAGGCUCUGGAAAAGAUCCAUCAAGACACAUCCUAAAGCAGUCAACAGUCGGAUGUGGAUAAAGGGGCUCUAA